AUGGCUCCUUCACUUCUUCGCAGCUCCUUCCGUGUUGUCCAGCAGGCCAUGGCCAGCAGCCCACGAGUCGCUCUCCGCACCACCACUCCAUCACAGAUGAGCCGCACCUGGAUGCGCGCCGGUCAGGCUGGAAUGUACUCGACUGGCAAAGGAUCAGGAGCAGGAGCUGGAGAUGACGAUAUGCUGGAUGCUAUGAUGGCUGGUAUGGAGUCGGAUUUCGCUGUGCCAACAUCUACUUCAGAAACCACCUCCACCACUACAGAAACAACAUCUGCUUCUUCAGAAGGAUCUGUUGAUCCUGAGCCUACCUUUGUCGCCACACCUGUUGAUCUCGAGAAGCGUCUUAAGGCUCUCAUGCCAGAAUACAUGUCAAUGGGCGGUCAGUUGGCACCAAAGCCAAAGUCGGCAUUGAAGAGCAACCCUUCUUCGAACUCCUUGACGAUCGCUCAGCUUUUGGCCGCAGGAUUGCAUUUGGGACACAGCACGUCGCUCUGGAACGUGGCCUCGAUGCCCUUUGUCUUUGGUAUCCGUGAGGGGAUCAGUAUCAUCAACCUCGAGCACACCUUGACCCACCUCCGUCGCGCCUGCACCGUCACCAAGGCCGUCGCCCGUCAGGGAGGAAUCAUCCUCUUCAUCGGUACCCGUGAGGGCGUCGAUCAUGUCACCAUCGACGCUGCAAAGUCUUGCAGCGCCUACUAUGUUGCCUCCAAGUGGUGCCCCGGCACCAUCACCAACGCCCAGGAAAUUGUUGGCCCCCACACCCCCCGUCUCCCUGACGCCCGUGCCGGAGACCUCGCCAAGCCCUUCCGCCCCGACUUGGUCAUUGUCCUCAACCCCCUUGAGAACAUGAUCGCCAUCAAGGAGGCUACCCGGUUCAACAUCCCCACCAUCGCCAUCACAGAUACCGAUGUCGACCCCCGCAUCGUUUCUUACCCUAUCCCUGCCAACGACGACUCUGUCCGCGGUGUCGAGUUGGUCGCCAAGGUCUUGGCUGAAGCUGCCAAGGAGGGCAACGUCCUUGCAGCAGAGGCUUCCAAGGUCCAGUCCAGACAAAGGAUCGAGGGCCGUAUGGAUCGCAUGAAGGCUAGAAGCCCACGCGCAUAG